GCCUGACCUACCCUAGCCCCAUUCCGAUGCCUGACCUUCGACCUUAUACCCCUGAUCAAUUCCAAAACUCCGGUCCUUACUUCCCUGACUCCUACCCUGAUGCCAAAUCUUACGUCCCUGACCCUGAUAACCGACCUUACUUCCCUGACUCGUUCCCUGAUACCAGACCUUAUUCUCCUAACCCUGACAGCCGACCUUACCCUCAAAAUGACCUUGACUCUCGACCUUACCCUCAGAAUGACUUAAACGCCCUACCUUACCCUGAGAAUGACCUUCGCCCCCGACCUUACCCUGAGAAUGACCUUCGCCCCCGACCUUACCCUGAGAAUGACCUUCGCCCCCGACCUUACCCUGAGAGUGACUUACAAAUCCGAGCAUAUCCUCAGAAUGACCUUGAUCCUCUGCCCUAUGAGGACACCAUCCCCCCUCACUCCCCCCAGAACGACGUGGCCAACCUACACCCAAAACACAGGUUCUUCUCGCCCUCCAACACCGCCAAGGAACUCCAACAUCCCAAGUUACUCCUUCACUCCCGAGGUCCUCCUUCACUCGAACCACCUUCCCGCCUCGUUCCCACUCGAUCUCGGGCCUCGGGACGGUCGCCAGUUCGAGGACGAGGUGUUUCCUAUGCACAGUGAAGGAAGGGGAGGUGGUUAUAACAAGCUUCGUCCUAAUCGGGUCUUCAGUCGAAAUGUCCACACCAGGCCUGUUCAUAAGCGUGUUGACUGGUACUUCCUCGGUCCCCGACGCACGGUUCCUCGACCAACACCCUUCUUGCAUUUUGUGUAUGACCUUCAACAAUCUCCUUCCGAGUUUGGAUAUCCAAAAACACGCUUUGGAGACGCUGAUGAGAUGUGGUACCAACCUGAUGGAUUUCACCACAACACACUCCGAAAGCAGAUGUUGGGUUGGUGAGAUGCAGUAAGUGGAAGCAGGCAAGCAGUGUGAUUAUGAUGUGUAGUCAUGUGGUCUGUAUUAGUGAAGAUAAUAAAGAUCUGUGUUAAA